UUUAUGCGCAAGAAAUAACAAGAGAUGCUUCGAGAAUUCUAUUUUAUUAAUGCAAAACGAAAUCGAAAUGAUGGAAAACAACACUUAUUCUAUCAAAUACCCUUUAAGCAAGAAAGAUAAAUACGAUUUUCAAUUAACGAGUCUAUUUUUAGGAGGAGUCGAAAAAAAUGCAGAAGAUUACGUUAAAAGUGCUAAAGUAUUGCGGCUCCUUUAUUACUUUAACGACUACUCGAAACUUGAAAGAAGCAAAGUGGAAGAAUGGCAAAAUCUGUUUUCGGAUCUUAUUGCAUCGAGUAAAUUUCAGUACAUAAUCGUCGAUCGAUACACAUCGAUUACAAUUGAACAAGAGUUAUCUGCUCUCAUCGCUCGAAUAUUUCCUCGAAUCCCGAUUACAAUGUUAGCAAUAGCAAUCUUUUCAAUGCUGACCUGUUUGUAUAACAGUUGGAUCGAAAGCAAACCUUGGACAGGAAUAAUUGCGUUAACAUCGGGAGGAAUGUCUUUGGCUUCGUCAUUUGGAUUGAUUAUGUAUUUUAAUACACCGUUUCUGGCUCCUGCUGGGUCUAUACCCUUUUUAAUCAUAGGAGUAGCCAUGGACGAUGCUUUUGUUUUUCUUGCUGCGUGGAAAAGGACCGAUUCUCAGAAGAAAGUUUCAGACAGACUCUCUGAAGUUUAUUCGGAAUCUGCCAUUUCUGUUACUGUAACUUCAGUAACGAAUUUCAUAGCGUUCAUUUCAGGAAUGUUUACACCUUUCAAAUCCAUAUCUUAUUUUUGUUUAUACGCAUCGAUUGCUAUUCUCUUCUGUUAUAUUUAUCAGAUAACGUUCAUUGGUGCAUGCAUGGCGGUCUUUGGAUAUGCAGAGAAACAAGGAAGACAUUCUUUAUUCUUUACGAAAAUAAAUACACAAACAGAAAACCACUCACGGAUUCGAAAAAUGCUCUUCACCGCCAAUUCUUGGAAAUCUACUGAAGACACGACCAUUCCUACGUCAUCAAUUUGGACGAAGCUCGGUAAUAUUUUAUUCUUAUGGUAUGUCAUGAUAAUUAUUCUCUUCAUCAUGGCAGGUUACGUGGCAUUUGGAGUUUGGGGAGUGACAAAAACAGAUACUAUAGGAUCAUUUUCCCACUCUUCUGCAUACGAUUCAUAUUACUUGCAGUAUCAUAAAAAUGUUUUUAAAUAUUUCAAGCAUUACGAAUACAGAAUCCAAAUCGUUGUCGGUCAAGAAAUCAAUUAUGCAGAUGUGGAAAUUCAGAAUCAAAUAGAAAAACUUUUUUCUGAAAUGGAGAGAGAAGGAUUAAUUGCAGAUUUUCUUACCGAGUCUUGGCUCCGAAGUUUUNUAAAUUUAUAUUACUGA